AUGAAUCCCGUCAACUCCGAACCGUACACCCUUCCGUCCGAUGCGACCUGGCUAAUCACCGGGUGCUCUUCCGGAAUCGGCAAAGUCUUGAGCACAUUGAUCGCCAGCAAGCCCGGGCACCGCCUGAUCGCCACGGCCCGGAACCCCACCGAUCUCGCGAACCUCCCCGACGACGACAGGGGGAAGAACAUCCUGAAGCUGCCCCUUGACGUGACCUCAGCGGCGUCCGUCAACGACGCCUUCGCCGCGGCCGAGGACCACUUCGGCCCGGGCUUCCACCUCGACGUCGUGGUCAACAACGCCGGGUACUCGCUCUCGGGCGACAUCGAGUCGGCGACCGAGGAGGAGACGCACCGGGAGCUCGAGACCCUCUUCUUCGGCACGGCGCGCGUGACGACGCGCGCCGUCGAGAACAUGCGCCAGUCCGCCGACCGCCGCCGCGGCGGCGUCGUCUUCAACGUCUCGUCCCUCGCCGGCCAGUGCGGCUUUGCCGGCCACGCGUACUACCACGCCGGGAAGUGGGCCGUCGAAGGCUGGACCGAGUCCGUCGCGAGAGAGGUGCAUCCACAGUGGAACAAAGAGGCCCCCCCUCCUUCUUUCGAGUGUGUGCAUCCCCGGCCUUUGAUUGACCCGAGAAACAGUCAACUUUUGCAUCCUGGAGCCGAGCGGCGUCAGGACAAAUUUCGAAGGGCACAGCAAGGCUCGCACCGUGCCUCAUCCGGCAUGCCGGGUCGCGUGCUCGAGAAGUAUGUCGAGAUGGUGAUCAAGUCAGGCAGGCUGACGGAGCCGUCGGCCAUCGCCGAGGCCAUCUACGGCAUCGCCAGCCGCGGCGAGCGCGUCCCGUUGCGCGUUCCUCUCGGCUGA